GUUCGGCUCCAGUGUUAUCUGGAUACAUUCCUAUAUCUUAGAGCCACAUCGGCAUAUAAAGUUUCAAUAAACAGGACGUGAACAGAAAUAGUGAUGUACUGCUGCAGAAGUGCAGGGGCAUGAAUCCAAGCCAUAUCCAUGCCUAUAAAAUGUGUCCGGCAGCAAGCUAUGUCCAACGCAUUCUUUUCUGGCGGUGCAUCACCACACAGUCACACACCAUUAUCGCUCCAGAUAGGUGUUCGGCUGAUGGCUCCGCCGAUCCUUGCCGAUGCCGAGGCUGCCUCGGCCGCCGCUGCCUCUGUCAUUGUACCAAACGGAAUGGUUCGCACGGACGUGCCAGCGCCGGCCAUCUAUGUCUUUUCAAAGCAGACCGUUCGGCCGGACGGCGCGUCGGCGGUUGGAGACCUCAAGCUCUCGGUGUCCGACAUGCCGAUGCUGUCGUGCCACUAUAUCCAGAAGGGGCUGUUCUUCCCGCCUCCCGGCGUGCCGAUGGCCUCGCUUGUGUCAUCGCUCGCGGCGUCGCUCUCCCGCGCGCUCGACGUCUUCCCUGCCCUCGCUGGCCGGUUUGUCACGCUCCGUGACAACAGCAUCGUGAUCCGGUGCGACGAUGCGGCCGUCGAUUUCUACCACGCGGUCGCGCCUGCUCUGCGCCUCGACGAUUUCCUCGUGCCUGACGCCGACGUGCCGUCCAAGCUCACAAAUGGCUUGUUCCCCAUGGACCGAACGGUGAGCUAUAACGGACACAACCGGCCGCUCACGUCCUUCCAGCUCACCGUGCUCGGCGACGGCGCCGUGUUUGUCGGCUUCGUCGCUAAUCACGCCGUCGUGGAUGGCACCUCCUUUUGGCACUUCUUCAACACGUGGGCGGAGCUGUGCCGCGGUGCGCCUGUCCGGGAGCCGGACUUCCGCCGCAACUACUUCGGCGACUCCACCGCCGUCCUCCGCUUCCCCGGUGGCGUGGGCCCUGCCGUGACGUUCGACGCUGAGGCGCCCCUCCGCGAGCGAAUCCUCCACUUCAGUGCGGCCGCAAUUCGCGAGCUGAAGGCAACGGCCAACCGCUGGAAAAGAACAGGUCAAGACCCCGAGGUUAACGGCAAGCUCGUGCAUGACUCCAAGGUUCAGGGAGGUCGCGCUGAAGUCUCGUCAUUCCAAUCACUGUGCGCGCACAUCUGGAGGGCCGUGACGCGCACGCGGCGGCUGUUGGCUGCCAACUCGACGGCGACGUUCCGCAUGGCGGUGAACUGCCGGCACCGUCUGCGCCCGGCGAUCUCCCCGCUCUACUUCGGUAACGCCAUCCAGAUCGUGGCGACGACGGCGACUGUAGCCGAGCUGGCGUCCAACGACCUGAGCUGGGCGGCCGCCAGGCUGCACCCGACCGUGGCGGCGUACGAGGACGGCGCGAUUCGGCGCGCCGUGGCGGAGUGGGAGGCCGCGCCCCGGUGCUUCCCGCUGGGCAACCCCGACGGCGCGGCGCUCACGAUGGGGAGCUCGCCCCGGUUCCCGAUGUACGACGGGAACGACUUCGGGUGGGGCCGACCGCUCGCCGUGCGGAGCGGCCGCGCGAACAAGUUCGACGGCAAGAUGUCGGCGUUCCCCGGCCAGGCUGGCGACGGCAGCGUGGACGUCGAGGUGUGCCUCGCGCCGGACACCAUGGCUUGCCUCCUCCGCGACGACGAGUUCUUGCAGUACGUGUCCUCCCCUGCACCGUGACAGAGUGUGAAGCAUCUGAUUGUGGCAUGCUGCCGCGCCCCGCGCAGCACCAGUUACUGGAUUUGUGCCCUUCCAAAAGAUAUCAAGUGCUUGUCAGUUACUGGGGUGACCAUGUAGAGAUGCUGUACUGCAGGUCCCCUCGUGAUGUCGUAGUCGGCUUAGGAUGCGUUUGUUUCAUCUU